AUGGCUUGCAUUGCGGAGUCAUUGAACACGUUGAUGUACAGUGCGGUAACGUCGAAAGACUCCAUCACGUACGCGUUAUUAGGAGAGGUGUUACGUAGAUGUUCUAGGAACAUUUGGCUGUUUGUGAGCCGAGAAGAACUCGAAGCGCAAACUAAUCAUCUCAUUCCAACGUUUUGCAAAUUGAUGUCGGAUCCACACGCUGAUGUACGUGAAGCUGCCAUCGGCACAUUGGCGCACACGAUGCUCAUCUACGGUGACGACGUCUGCAACAACAUUCGCAACAGACGCCUGAUCCCUGAGAAUAAAAUGCAACUUCUUACGCAACAAUACGAGAAUGACCUUCGCCUUAGCUCAUGUCCAUCAAUGGCGCCGCGACCAGUCCGUCCAGUUCGUCGCUUUGAGAGGCACGUAGUGCUGCAUCGAAACGGUUAG